AACUUUCAAUUUGAAACAGGGCGGAGCUACACGGCUCAACUCUCUGAUUUAAGUACGUAUUUAGUAGGUUACUUCCUUAGCAAGAGUGGAGUCCGUGUGCAGAGCAUAAGAACGUAGCUGGAAAUUCAUUCUUUGGUUAAAAGCGUCAGGAACUGUGAAGAAAAUGUCCACGUCUGUCACCACAGCCAACGGCAUGGUGGUCGUGACCCAGAUUUAUCCGCAAGGCACCGAAAACACGGCCCCAGCGCCCGCUGCGGAUCAGAGGUGCCACGUGGUGCCCAGCAGUGCCCUGUGCCAGCUGUCGGAGAAGCUGAAGAGGUUUCUCAAAGGAGAGCCAAGGCCACUGGGGACUGUGCAGAUCUUGAUUGGAGUGAUCAGCAUUGUGUUUGGAGUGGUUCUGGCCAUGACUCCAUUCUCGAUAUCGGCUGCCACAGCAGCCCCGUACUGGACUGGUGUUUUGUACAUCAUUUCUGGAUCUCUCUGUGUUGCUGCGGAUAGGACCCCCAAGGCUAGCCUGAUAAAGGCAGCCCUGGGUAUGAAUGUGGUCAGCAGUGUUGCAGCCGGCAUCGCGAUAUGCUUUUAUUGCGUGGAUCUGCCUUACUAUUAUGGCACCAGUGUUUGCUCUUACCCGUCUUACCAGAACAGGGGUUAUUAUGGAUACCAAUGUGAGAAUAUUGUGCUGGCAGCACAGCGCACUACAACAGGGAUAAAGAGCGUGCUGCUGAUUUUCUCCCUCCUGCAGUUCUGUGUGUCCGUCUCCAUGGCUGCCUUCGCUUGCAAAGCUGCUUGUCACAAUACCUACACGCCCGUGAUUGUGGUGCACAACUCCUUCAGAGCUGCGGAGGUCGUGGGGCAGGACUGCGAGAGCGAGGAUGCCAAGUGUGAGCCUCCCCCCUAUACAGUGUAACCAGGCUGAGCACCCCCCUUUACAGAGUAACCCAGCUGAGCCCCCCCUAUACAGUGUAACCAGGCUGAGCCUCCCCCCUAUACAGUGUAACCAGGCUGAGCACCCCCCUUUACAGAGUAACCAGGCUGAGCCCCCCCUAUACAGUGUAACCAGGCUGAGCACCCCCCUUUACAGUGUAACCAGGCUGAGCACCCCUAUACAGUGUAACCCAACUGAGCCCCCCUAUACAGUGUAACCAAGCUGAGCCCCCCCUAUACAGUGUAACCCGGCUGAGCCCCCCCUAUACAGUGUAACCCAGCUGAGCCCCCCUAUACAGUGUAACCCGGCUGAGCCCCACCUAUACAGUGUAACCCAGCUGAGCCCCCCCUAUACAGUGUAACCAGGCUGAGCCCCCCCUAUACAGUGUAACCCAUCUGAGCCCCCCCCUUUACAGUGUAACCCGGCUGAGCCCCCCCUAUACAGUGUAACCCAUCUGAGCCCCCCCCUUUACAGAGUAACCCAGUUUAACUGUUUAAAUAUAAUUAUGGGUUCUGAUUUCUGGGUUUAUUAUGAUUAUUAUUCAAUUAAAAAAAGUAGUAGCAUCUGGCCCUAUUUUUGUGAAUAGUGUUAAAGAGGUCUGUUUCUUAACAAUCUAGACCCCCGAACUUUUACAUGAACUUCGAUUUGAUACAUCCAUAAUUUAUAAAACACUAAAAUAGUGCCAAACUGAGAAAUACGGAAAAUCAAUCAGUUUAAAAGAUCAACGUUUACACUACAAGUCUUUCUCCCAAGUCUUUUAGUAUUUCAGUUUAAUAUACUAAGUUUUUUUUGUCCUGUUCAUAAAGAAAAUAUCCUUAAUUUGUACAGCUCCACAGUGAAGGGGUCUGUCAUGCGUUUUUCAGGCUUUACCAGCUGAAAACAUCAAACCAGAAACCCCAGCAUAGAACAGAAUGCCUCUCUCUGCACUACUUUGUAAUAAUAAACUUGCAUGCUGUCAAUGGA